AGCGACGGAUUCGGAUUCGGAAUUGGAAAUCGCUUGCGCAAACGUGUCAGCUCUGAGCUGCCUAUAAAGCACCGCAUUAGACGACGACAACGCAAACAACAACAACAACAACAAAGCAAGAGGAACAACAAUGCACCUGUACGUGGCAUUGUGGGUGUGUGGCACGCUGCUGGCCCUGCUGCUGGGCUGGCAGCAGCGGAAAUGUUGGCGCCUCAUCUGGCAGCUGAAUGGCUGGCGGGGCGUGGCACAGCAGCCAUUGCUCUGGUUUCUGCUCUGCAUCAAUUUGCAUCCGAACAGCAUUUUGGACAAGGUGACGCGUCUGCGCGUGCUCUUCCAGCGCCCGUUGGCCAUAUUGAUUGGAACGCGCGCCCUGCUCUAUAUUGAUGAUCCGGCGGGCAUGGAAUGUAUAUUGAAUGCGCCCGAGUGUCUGGACAAGACCUUUAUGCAGGAGGGCUUCUUUGCCCGUCGCGGUCUGCUGCAUGCGCGCGGUCAAAAGUGGAAACUACGUCGCAAGCAGCUGAAUCCCGCCUUCAAUCACAACAUUGUCAUCAGCUUUUUCGAUGUCUUCAAUAUGGUGGGCAAUCAGCUGGUGGAACAGUUUGCCACACAGUCGCAUCUGCACGGCACGGCGGUUAAGUUCAAGGAUGCCGAGGAUAUGCUCAGCCGUGCCGUUCUGGAGGUAUCCUGCCUCACCAUUAUGGGAACACCGACAAAUUUCACGCAAGCGGAUGACGCACACAUCGCAACCACCUACAAACGGCUACUCGAAAUCUCGGCUAUUAAAAUUGUGAAGCCCUGGCUGCAAAUCGAUUUACUGCAUCGCUUAUUGGCGCCUCAAUUGUACGCCGAGGCCGAGGCAUGCAACCAACUGCUGGUGGAUUUUGUGGCACAAAUCGUGCAGCGCAAGCAUCGCAAUUGGCAGCUACGCAAUGCCAUCGACGAUGAGGAGGAUGUACCCUGGCAACGGCGCAUCUUCAUCGAGCAAAUGUUCCAGCUGGCGGCCAACGGCGAACUAACGCUUCAGGACAUCGAGGAUGAGGCACAAUCCAUGGUUUUGGUGUCCUUUGAGACGGUCUCGAACAGCAUAAUGAUUGCUCUGCUGUGCCUGGCCACCCACAAGGGCGACUGUCAGCGGCGACUGCGAGCGGAAAUUGCGAGCGUGCUGCCGCACGGCAACGAUGCCAGCUAUGUGGGCGUUGAGCAGUUGCAGCAGCUGCGCUAUUUGGAUGCAUUCGUGAACGAGGCGCUGCGUCUGCUGGCGACGGUGCCGAUGAAUUUGCGGCAUGUGAGCCGCGACUUUCAGCUGGCUGGACGCGAGGCGAUUGUGCCACAGAACACGAUAGUUGUGAUGGACACGUUCAACAUGCAACGCGAUGCGGCCUGGUGGGGCGACAGGGCCAAGCAAUUCGAUCCGCAGCGUUUCCUGCAGCAGCAGCAGCAGCACCAGCUCGAUCACGACCAGGAGCCGGAACAGGAGAAGCAUCAGGACGAACAGCAGCAGUCCGGCACGGAGCGGGCGAAGCAGCGUCGACACUCGUACAGUUUUUUGCCCUUCUCCAAGGGGCUGCGCACCUGCAUAGGUCGUCGCUACAGCUUCUUCAUUAUGAAGGUCUUUCUGGUCAAGCUGAUAGCCAACUUUGAGUUUUGCAGCGAUCAUCAACUCGAGCAGCUGCAGUUCGUCGAGGGCAUCUCGCUCAAGUUUCGCAACGCCGACGAGAUACUCUUCCAAAUACAGCCACAUAAGAGUUCAUAAUAUUAUUGCGCCUACCAUACCCUGGCGGAGUCUACCAUAUUCAGCAUAUCUGAUCAAGUCAUAUAUAUUGUCUGCGCGUAUUGACAAAAUUUCCGUCUGUCUUUCAAACUAGUUCCAAGGCUAAGAUUUGUUCGGUUGUAAUUCGAUUCUAAGAUUAUUUUACACUCUUUGCUGGAAUUUUAGCAGAGUUCUCAUGGCAAUAUUUAAUGGUCCCCAAUGCUUAAAAACUAAUUCGUUUGAAUAAAUUAGAAAACAAUUGGGUUUCAUAGCCUUCAAAAUUGGAACUCUUGGG